AUGUAUGGCAUUGAUCUCCCAACAACAGACCAAGAUAGUGCAGAAGUGGAUGCCGAUGCUGAUAUCGAGGCGUCCAUUGAAGCUGAGCUGAGCGCCAUGAAGUCAAAAGAGGCACCACACUCAAGGCAAACGUUCACACCCGUGUCGCUCAAUAUAGAAUGUUUGUUUUUCAUGAAAACGAUGGACCCCAUUCAACCUGGAUUGUUGGCGAGGAAAAUGUGCGAAGACGCGAGAGACUGCCAAGAUCCGAGGCAGCGGAAGUGUAAGUAUAUCAACCGACUUACACCUGUGUUCGAUAUGGACAGGGCCACAGAGAGUGGUAUCGUCAAAGUAGCACGUACUGUGCUAGCUCCUUGGUUCGACUUAACUCCGGAAGAUACAGACGAGGCACACGAGGUCAAACAACAUUGUCCAUCAACACCAUCGCCCUCAUCAAUCCCAUAUACGGUAAGUUAUGCCAUUAGACAUAACAUCCGCAAUCAUGUCACGUUCAAAUCAGAAGAAGUCAUCAAGAAGAUUGCAGGUCUCAUAAAUGUCAAACACACUGUCAACCUCAGCAAGCCGGACAAGGUGAUUCUAGUGGAAAUAUUCCAGCUCUUUUGUGGCAUAUCGGUGGUUGACGGAAAAGAAUGGGAAACACUCAAGCGUUACAAUAUGAAUGCACUCUAUAGUAUUGCCCCCUAG